AUGGCAAAUGAUCCUCUCGCCAAUCACGGAGGUCUUCUAGACCAAACCGAAGUGAACGGCAUUACCACCGCGCCCGCAGUAACCGCUGUCACUCCUGCCACAAGUAACGGCACUAACUCCACUUCAUCCACAGCUGUUACAUCCGUCGCUCCUACAACAAAUACACAUUCGCUUUUUGACAAGCCUUUAAUUCAACUCAAUGAUCAAGCAGGUUCACCGGAGAAUAAAAGUACUGAAGGUGAAACUAAAGAAGAAGCUGGUGAAGAAGAGACUGAAGAUAUUUCAAGUUCUCAACUUACCAUUAGAGCUCUUGUUUCUACCAAAGAAGCUGGGGUUAUCAUUGGAAAAGCCGGCAAAAAUGUUGCCGAGCUUAGAGAAACAACCGGUGUCAAGGCUGGUGUGUCUAAAGUUGUACAAGGCGUUCACGAUAGAGUGUUAUCUGUAGCAGGUACUUUAGAUGGUGUCGCAAAGGCAUAUUCUCUAAUCGCCCAAACUCUCCUUGAAAACCCUGUGAAUGCUAGUCCAACUUCUACUCCAAUUACUCCUCCUCCAAAUGCUUUUACUUCUGUCCGUUUACUUAUCUCUCAUAAUCUAAUGGGAACGAUCAUUGGCCGACAAGGGCUAAAGAUCAAACAUAUCCAGGAUGUUUCUGGCGCCAGGAUGGUUGCUUCAAAGGAAAUGCUUCCCCAAAGUACGGAGAGAGUGGUCGAAGUUCAAGGGACUGUCGAAGCAAUUCGUGUCGCAGUUUGGGAAAUCGGCAAAUGUCUAAUUGAAGAUAAUGAACGAGGUAUCGGAACUGUUCUUUAUAAUCCAGCUAUUAGGGUCACUUCAAGCUACUUAACCUCCCGACGCAGUGAAUAUACUGUUCGAACUGGAAGUGGAACUGAUUUUACUCGCCCUUCUCGCAACGGUGGUUCAAAAAUUUCGGAAAUUCGUAGACUCUCUGGUUCUCGUAUUAGCAUUGCCAAGACACCUCAUGAUGAAACUGGUGAACGCAUGUUCACUAUCCAAGGUACUCCCGAAGCCAACGAGAAGGCCCUCUUUUUGUUGUACAACCAGUUAGAGAACGAAAAAGAACGUCGUUUGAAUGCGACUGCAAAUGGUGACUCCGAUUCUUAA